UCCGACUUUUUACGUCCAAGCUCUCUUGUUUGCACAGGGAAAUCCCACUCAUUUGGAAUUUGUUUCCUAAUCGCAAGGGGAGCUUUAAACAGUCCGGUUAUUAACUGUACUGAGCCAGAGAGUAUUGGACACUUAGUUGGAGAAGUUGCCGCUAUAUAAGGCUGUUCAUAUGAACACACUGGGCACGUAGGGAACCAGUUGUGGAGGAAAUGGUCCUCUAAUUCAACAUAGGACCUGACAUCUCACAGUUAUGCCAAAUUAACAUUAUAUAUUAUGAGAAAACAGCGUCAACUUCGCAAUUCGCCUUCAGGAUGUGUUUUGUCCUAACAUUUCAAUUGUGUCUACUGGGAUAAGAAGCGGUACAAUACAGCGGGAAACGCCUUGGUGAGGUAAAGCGAAUGUGGAAUAUGCGCGUAUGUUUACAUGGAACACAGCUUUCAAUACUUGAUGCUUGAUGAGCGAUUCUGUUGGGAGUCUACGGAGGUUCAAGGAGGGAAAGUCAGGUGGCACGAGAGAUCCAAGGAAGUGUACCAACAGUUCACUCUGACUUCACGUGAUACACUGAAGGUGUCGGAAAGUAAAAAAUUCUUGCACGUGCAAUCGAAAUGAUGUCUAAAGCUAAAGCCUUCAGACUUCUGUGAUGUUCGCAAUGUAAGUGUAACUUCAAAAUACGUAACGGCUUUACCCUUACGGGAUAAACUUGUUGACGGUUUCAUGAAGGAUUUCCGUUCUGGAUUGUUUUUUCAAAUGAAUAGUUUAUUUUCUUUCAAAACCUUUUAAACAAAACUUCCGAUUCGCAGCCUCGGAACAGAUUGUAUGGAAUCAACCCUUGCAUUUUACUUCAAAAUGGAUAACAGCUCGGUAUCAGAUGAGCUUUACUCGAUCGGUUAUACAUCUGACUUUAAUCAAAGCAGUGAUAGCAGCAAUAGUUCGAGUCCACCAACAAAACAGACCCAGCCUUUGUUAGUCGUUGCUGUACCGGCCAUAAUGUUUGCUAGCGGCGUCUUCGGGAACUUAUUGGCACUUUUUGUUUUAUAUCGUUCAAGGAAGGAUCACAAACGAACAGUGUUUUAUAGACUGGUUGGAGGUUUGGCUUGUACAGAUCUGUUCGGGACGGCUGCCGUGUCACCUGUCACCAUCAUGGUGUACAACAACGGCCGGAGAUGGCUUGGAGGACAACCAUUGUGUAACUACUUCUCCUUCAUGAUGAUAUUUGCAGGGAUGGCUACAGUGUUAAUUGUCGGUGCGAUGGCUGUGGAGAGGUACGUGGCCAUUAUACAUCCUUACGCCUACGAAGCCAAAUUUUCUUCGGGAAAAGUGAUAUACAUUUUAGUCGGUGUGUGGUUGUUUGCAUUCAUCGUGUCGUGUUUGCCUCUGGUGGGUCUUGGGACGAACGUGCUUCAGUACCCAGGAACUUGGUGCUUCUUUGACGUGACUGGAGACAAACUAACGGACAAGGUGUUCACGUAUUUCUACGCCAGUGUGGGGCUUGUCGUGAUUUCUAUGACUGCGCUGUGUAACGCAUCUGUCAUGUGUGUUCUGGCUCGGAUGAGGAGGAAGCUAAACAUGAGCCACAAGUACAGCCAAUCUGGACAGCUGGAUAACGAAGCUCAAAUGAUGGUUCUCUUGGCUGGAAUAAUACUUGUAUUCGCCACCUGCUAUGCACCGUUAAUGGUGCGGGUAAUUAUCAAUCAAACAGGGAAGUUUCCAGUUAACCACGCUGCGGAUUUGUGGGCCAUCCGUCUGGCUUGUUUGAAUCAAAUCCUUGACCCCUGGGUUUACAUACUAUUCAGGAAGGAGCUUUUUACCAGGAUUUGGCGUCUGGUCUACUGUGUUUUGUGCGUCAAGAGAAAGCAGACGACCUCGUCCGCCAUCUUGGAAAAGAAGGAUUUAAAGGCCAAGACAGAGCCGCUUACUUCAAAGCCAAGCGAUGAUGAAGUUUUUGAAGAAAGGUGUGAUGCAAGCAAUGCCAAAUCCCCAAAGUUGCAGAUUUUUAAGAAUCUGGGUUGUUGUAGUCCUGGGAACAAGAAGGGCGAGCGGAAAGGAAGCGGUCGGGCAUUGCUAAUUCCCAUGAUGCAAUAUGGCCGUUAUGGUGGGCAAUCGACCAAUGAUUGGUCGGACAUAAGAGAGGGGGAUGAGAGAUUAGUUGACAGUCCUUCCAUUAGACAUGAUGUGGUCGUUUCGGCAGACGACAUGAACAUAUAGACGUUCAUAGCACUUUGAACACGCAUGUAGUAUAUGAUCACUUAGCCAAAUUGAUAUUUGGAAAAGGGCAGAUUACAGGAUUACUUGGCAAGAGCAAAGUACUGUAAUCACAUGAAGCUAUUUUGCUUUGUAUCAUCGAAAGCUGCUCACUCAUGUAAUGUACUGACGAAUUCAUAUUUGUUCUUUUUUUUCAAUCUCUUUUCUGAUGUAUUUAAACCACUGGUUCAGAGACUUGUUUAUUAUCUCAAAAUGCCAUUAGUUUUUCAUGACCACUUCCGAUAGGAACCGGCAAUAUUACUGAUAAUUGUAGCAAUCAAUAUGUUCGUAGCAUUUACACGUAACUGCAACAAUAAAUUUUAAACAAAUAGUGUC